AUGGCCCGCUCAUCCGCAAACGGACUGAAAUACUUGUCCAACGCCCUUGCGACACCAGAACAACUAUCUAAUUCAUCCUCAUCUAUUGAUGGCGUUGCUCCGGAAUUAGAGACAUCUAUUCGAUUUGCCGGCGCUCAGCUCACCCAAGCUGCUGGGGUGUUGCUCCGGUUGUCGCAAGAUAUCAUCGCACAAGCUGUUGUGACAUUUACCCGGUUCUGGAUAGGCGCUGAAGGCGGGAGCCUUCGAAUCUACUCUGUCAAGGAUGUUUCUGCCGCAGCCUUAUAUAUGACUGCCAAGCUAUCUUUUCAACCGACCUCCCCUCGAUCGGUACUGAAUGUCUACACCUUCCUACUAUCUAAAGAUGCCUCGCCUCUUUGGUUUAUAAACCCGAAAGGAGUCUCAGAGAAGCCCACCCCUGAGACAUACUGUCUAUCCGAAGGGGGCUACCAGAGCCAGCGAACGGUGCUCCUACGAAUCGAAUCGAUUAUUUUGCGAACAUUAGGCUUUAACACCCACGUUGCCCUGCCCCAUACAAUUGCAUUAACCUACCUCCAAACCCUUGGCGUAUCAUCUUCCGCUGUUGCACGUAGAGUCUUUGAGCAUCUUAACGCGGCUCUUCUGUCACCACAGCUGCUAUAUACGACGCACCAACCAAACGCCCUCGCCGUUUCUUCUAUAUACUUGGCAGCACGAGAAAUUGGGGUAAAGCUGGUUGACGGCGAGUGGUGGGAAGUCUUUGAUGUGGAUCGGGAAGAGCUUGGAUUUCUAGUGGUAGGCUUGAGAAGUAUGGAGGGCUUUGCACUAGCAGAAGUUGAGAAGUGGAGGGGCCGUGCGGUACCUAUGAUUGUGGAUGAAGUGGAAGCAGAGAUAGAGAGAAGGAGGAGGAUGGCAGAAGGCGAAAAUACUCGUUAUAUUGGCCCAGCACAACUCAUAAAAGAUAUAGUUGUAACUAUGAAUAUUCUUCAUUCCACUCUCUCCACUUGGAGAGACCGCCUAGCCCCAGUAUCUCGCACCUCCACCUUCCGCAACACCGGCCAGAUCACCCCCGAGGAAUUCGUCCUCGCAGGCGACUACCUUGUCUACAAAUUUCCAUCGUGGUCAUGGGCCGAUGCCUCUACCCCCGCAAAGCGUAUCUCCUACCUGCCACCUGGUAAACAGUUUCUCGUCACCCGAGGCGUGCCCUGUCACCGUCGCCUGAACGACAACUUUGCUGGCGAUGCGGGCCACGAUGACGAGAUUGUUAGGGAUAUGCUGUCCGGAGGGACAGGUGGUGAUGACGACGAUGGAUGGCUACGAACUGGUGGAGGCCAGGAUUCUGCAGACCGACAAGAGAAUAGGAUAAAAGAUGUGCGAACGGUGGAUGAGUCGGGGAACAUGGGAGAACGAGAGGAGGAAGAGGAUGAAAUUCCCGAUAUGGAGGAUGAAGAUGACGAUGAAGAAGCUAUAAUCAGAGAACCGGUCGGCGGAUCUAGGACUACGCAGCCUACUCGCACAUACAACCUGUACAUCACAUAUGCCAAUUUCUAUCGCACACCGCGUCUCUACCUGUCCGGUUACCUCUCGCCAUCAGAACCUCUUCCACCACCCCUGAUGAUGGAAGAUAUUGUGGGCGACUACAAGGACAAAACCGUUACCCUUGAAGACUUCCCCUGGUACGAUGGCAACGUCAAGAUGGCCACAGUACACCCAUGCCGGCACGCCUCGGUGAUGAAGACUCUCCUCGAUCGUGCAGAUGCAGCGCUUAAACUUCGCCGCGAAAAGUUAAAGCUGGCCCAGUCAGACCCAUCCAAAGUUCCCUCGGCCGGCGAAAGCGGUUUGGAGGGCUUAGUCGAUGACAUCAAGGCACUCUCACUGAGUGACCAACAACAAGGUAGUGACAAGAGUGGCGGAGAUGAGUGGGAGGUUUUACAGCACGAUGAGGAAGACCAGGUUGCCAUCAGGGUGGACCAGUAUUUGGUUGUUUUCCUCAAGUUUAUUGCCAGCGUGACACCAGGGAUUGAGCAUGAUUUCACCAUGGGAGUAUGA